CGUAAUUGCGGAAGUGGAAGUUGUCGAAGUUCACCCUCAUCCUCCUGUCUCUGACAAUUGUGUUGCGCUUGUAGCCACUGUGCUGUUAAUUUUCAGAAAGAAAUUAAUUAACUCACAAGGAUGUCUUUGUCAUUCGAGGGAAGAGUCGUGCUUGUCACCGGCGCUGGAGGAGGCCUUGGCAGGGAAUAUGCAUUAGCGUUUGCUGAAAGAGGAGCCUCAGUUGUAGUGAAUGACCUUGGGGCUGACACUAAAGGGGGUGGAAAGAGUUCUGCAGCUGCUGAUAACGUGGUGGAGGAGAUAAGAGCGAAGGGAGGCAAGGCCGUGGCAAACUAUGAUUCUGUAGAAGAUGGAGAAAAGUUAAUCCAAUCAGCACUGGAUGCAUUCGGAAGAAUAGAUGUUGUUGUAAACAAUGCGGGGAUCCUUCGUGACCGAUCAUUUGCGAGGACGAGUGAUUUGGACUGGGACCUGAUUCAAAGAGUUCACUUGAGGGGCUCUUUCUUGGUGACUCGAGCAGCUUGGAACCACAUGAAAAACCAAAAGUUUGGCAGAAUCAUCAUGACGGCUUCAGCUGCAGGCAUCUAUGGUAACUUCGGCCAGGCCAACUACAGCGCUGCCAAGCUGGGAAUGUUGGGUCUGGCAAACACUUUGGCCAUUGAGGGACGCAAGUACAACAUCCACUGCAACACUAUUGCUCCUGUUGCUGGGUCACGCCUCACAGAGACUGUCAUGCCCCCAGACCUUGUGGCGUCUCUGAAGCCUGAGUAUGUUGCUCCCAUGGUCCUCUGGCUCUGUCAUGAACAAUGCCAAGACAGUGGAGCACUCUUUGAGGUUGGUGCAGGCUGGAUUGGUAAAUUGCGCUGGGAGCGCUCUCAGGGCUGCAUUGUGAGACAGAAGAACCAACCCAUGACUCCUGAGGCUGUCCGGGACCGGUGGGACAAAAUCUGUGAUUUCACAGAUGCCACCAAGCCUACUAGCGUACAAGAGUCUCUGCAGUCCGUUGUGGAUGUGCUGUCUCGAGUGGAAUCGGAGGAAGAAGUCAGUGCCAAUCCAACAGCUGCUGCCGCCUCUGCUUCAGGGAUCAAUCCUACUGAGGCAGUGGGACAAAAACUACCACCGAGCACGUUCACCUUCACCCACACCCAGUGUAUUCUCUAUGCAUUGGGGGUCGGCAUGUCCACAAAGGACCCAGACCAUCUGAGAUUCCUGUAUGAAGGUCAUGAAGACUUCAGCUGUCUCCCCACCUUUGGGGUCAUUACUUCCCAGGCAGCCAUGAUGGAUGGUGGGCUGAGCUCAAUCCCGGGACUCAACAUAGAUUUUACUCAGGUAUUGCAUGGAGAGCAGUAUCUGGAGCUUUACAAACCUUUACCAACCUCAGGUACACUUACCUCUGAGUGCACCAUAGCAGACGUGUUGGACAAAGGAUCUGGAGCUGUCAUCCUCUUGGACGUGAACACCUACAGCGGCGACGAGCUGAUCUGCUACAACCAGUUUUCGGUGUUUGUGGUCGGAGCUGGAGGGUUUGGAGGGAAAAGAACUUCGGAGAAAACCAGAGCUCCUCUGCCUCCGCCUAAACGGGCACCAGAUGCGGUGGUGAUUGAUUCCACCACAAGAGACCAAGCGGCCUUGUACAGGUUGAGUGGAGACUGGAACCCUCUCCAUAUAGACCCCAGCUUUGCUGCCAUGGGAGGCUUCAAGGCUCCCAUCCUGCACGGCUUGUGCUCAUUUGGCUUUGCGGCGAGACAUGUGCUCAAGCAGUAUGCCGGUAACGACCCCUCCAGAUUCAAGGCCAUCAAGGUUCGCUUUGCAAAGCCGGUGAUGCCAGGUCAGUCACUUCAGACUGAGAUGUGGAAGGAAGGCAACAGAAUUCACCUGCAGUGCAAAGUGAAGGAGACUGAUGCUGUUGUGCUAGCUGGGGCCUAUGUAGAUUUACACGGCACAUCAGAGGCUUCUCCGGAAAAUCCUCCUCAAGGAGGGGACCUUCAGAGCGAGCUGGUGUUUGCAGAGAUCGGCCGUCGGAUCAAAGACAUUGGCUCAGAGAUGGUGAAGAAGGUGAAUGCUGUGUUCAGCUGGGAGAUCACCAAAGCCGGCAAGAACCCUGCUGCACAGUGGACCAUCGAUCUGAAAAACGGCAGCGGCUCCUUGCACAGAGGCCCUUACAGUGGGAAGGCGGAUGUGACCUUCACCGUGUCAGAUGAAGACUUCAUGGAGGUUGUGCAGGGAAAACUCAACCCACAGAAGGCGUUCUUCUCCGGCAAGCUGAAGGUUCGAGGGAAUAUCAUGCUGAGUCAGAAGCUGGAGGUCAUCCUGAAAGACUAUGCCAAGCUGUGAGCGCCUCAGCCAACCAAUCAGAUGACACUAGAAAACUAACCAAUCUACCUGCUCUCUCCGGCUGUGGACUCACAUGCUUUGCCUCUCCAGGGAAAAGAUU